CACACGCACACGCCGAACCGCUCUCGCACGCGCCGCCACAAUGGGAAACCAGCCGUCGGCGAUCCUGGACAACAUCGCCUCCGGGUCGAAUUUCGACCGCGACGAGGUGGACCGCCUGCGCAAGCGCUUCAUGAAGCUCGACAAGGACAACUCGGGCACCGUCGACCGCGACGAAUUCCUUGCCCUCCCCCAGAUCUCCUCCAACCCGCUCGCGACACGCAUGAUUGCCAUCUUCGACGAGGACGGCGGCGGCGACGUCGAUUUCCAGGAGUUUGUAUCGGGGCUGUCCGCAUUCAGCAGCAAGGGCAACAAGGAGGAGAAGCUGCGCUUUGCCUUCCGCGUCUACGACAUCGACCGUGACGGCUACAUAAGCAACGGCGAGCUUUUCAUCGUGCUGAAGAUGAUGGUCGGAAGCAACUUGAAGGACCAGCAGCUACAGCAGAUCGUAGACAAGACCAUCAUGGAGGCCGACCUGGACCGCGACGGCAAGAUCAGCUUCGAGGAGUUCACCAAGAUGGUCGAGAGCACCGACGUCACCAUGAGCAUGACCCUGGACCAGUUUUGAUUGUAUCAUAUGGCUUGAUCACGACACGGCACGGCAUUUCUUGGUUUCUGAUCUUUGGCGAGGAGUCUGGGGUUACGGGGCACCACGGGCUGGGCGGGCUCAAGUAUCUGAUACCACAAUACAGGAUCAAGAUUCUUACUAUAUGCGAUUCCACUUACUUUGCUGCCUCGUUCUGGACGAGUUCCAUCGCUGACUCACAUAGAGUGCUGGGCGAAAUGCCCUUUGUAGCGGUCAGAAAGGUACGACACCAACGCAG